UAUCGGUCGCUUGUCUCGUGUCAGUUAGCUUUUGUUGUUCUUUCUCAUCUCCAGGAGUUGAUAUCUAACUCUGAACAUUAUGUCUGACCAUCCGACAGGCAAGCAGAGUAUCUUUCAGACUCUACAAUCCGUCUUACCCGUAUACAACCCCCUUCACAAACACCGCGAUGAAGAGAACACUAUAGGGGCAGAACCGGCGUCUACUUUGCCCGCCAAUCUUACCGAUCCGCCACAGGACGAGAAGACGCGUAAAACUGACGGUUUUGACAUAGCAAGCAGCCAACUGACUCUGUUUCGAUCUCUAGUUGGAAUCGAAAAUCCUCCCGGCCUACAUACGUCAAGCUUCUUCCGAUCUGGUAGACCUGCUCCCAAUGUAGGUAUUUAUGCACGUGUCAUUUCGGCGGAAUCGAAAGCAGCCCAUUCAUACAAGCUCUUUUCCGCAUUCAUCAGCUUCUGCAUAGGUGCACAAGUUCUGGUUGCUGCCUGUCUAACCGCCCUUGGAGCCGGCAAUGCGUCCCACAAGGCUGUGACUGCGUUUGGUGCAUUGAAUACAGUGCUGGCGGGCUUCAUGGCGUAUUUCAAGGGCUCGGGACUGCCCAACAGACUCAAGUACUACCAGAACGAAUGGACAAAACUACGAGAAUACAUCGAGCAGCGAGAGCGCGAUUUCUGUCGCAAGGAGUGUCAGCUUGAUCUUGAAUCCGAAAUCUUGGUCAUCGAGCGCAUGUACGAAGAUAUUAAGAGUGAUAUUGAAGCCAACACACCGGAUAGCUUCGUCAGCGUGCGAGACAUCUCAAAGAGGGGUGGUGGGGUCAAUCCUGGCCCAUCUUUGGCACGCGGUACGAGCAUGGUAAUAGACACUGCAGCGGACAGGAUACACGAUCGAGUUGUUGUCCCUACGGAGCGAUCUGUUGCGGGGCUAAAACGCAAUCUAUCUUACCAGAGCUCCCAUCUCGGUGACAAAGUAUCAGAGAAAGUAGCAUGCUAUGGGGACAGGUAUAAUGAGAAGAUCACAAGCUACUUUGUGCCGUAUCAAGAGAAAGCGGCGGCCUACAACGACAAAAUCACUGGAUUAGCCGAGAAGGCGGCAAGCUACAACGACAAGAUAGCACAUCUCGACGAAAGAGUCCAUGGAUAUGCCAGUAGAGUUUCAAAUUUUGUGGAGAAACCUCAUUCUGUAGGUGUGACUAUAGACUCCACUCGCAUAGAAUCGCCACAGUCAAGAGAAGUAGCAGAGAAGGGGAACGGACAUGAGUCGGUCAGCGGACCAUAGGCUGCUUUAUACGAGUGCCCAUUGAUCGCUGAGCCUAAGAAUGUUUGGGAAUCAAUAUAAUUCAGAACACUUGUCCUAAAAAUCACGUUUUCGG